AUAACUCAGUUUUCUGUCAUCGUCGAAUUUGGCGUGUCGUCGUGAAAAAAAAAGAAGAAGCAACAAACAUUUUAGUUUGGUGAAACUUGUAUUCAUCUUUGGUUUCAUUGAGCUCAUCGUCAUUGAUUAGACCAGAAUGGCUACGGCUAUGUCUCACCAAUCAAUCGGUUCCCUUGUCUCUCACCGGUCUUCUUCGUCUUCCACAAUCUCUGAAUCUCUAAGAGAGCCUUUGAAAGUAGCAACGAAAGGAUUCAAGAUCGAUUCGUCACUGAGUUAUACCUCAAGAAGAAAGAGAAACUUCUCCAAGAUUGAAGCAAUUGCGUCUAAGACACCAUCAGUUUCUUACAACACUCCAUUGUCUCCUUCCAAGAACAUCACUCACAAUUCACCGAAAAAACCAAAGGAAGCAGCUCUGAUAUUGAUUAGGCAUGGAGAGUCGUUGUGGAACGCGAAGAAUCUUUUCACGGGUUGUGUUGAUGUGCCAUUGACAGAGAAAGGUGUUGAAGAGGCAAUUGAAGCAGGGAAGAGGAUUAGCAACAUACCUGUCGAUGUUAUCUUCACUUCGUCUCUAAUCCGUGCUCAGAUGACUGCAAUGCUUGCCAUGAUUCAACACCGUCGUAAGAAGGUUCCGAUCAUUUUACACAAUGAAAGCGAACAGGCGAAAACUUGGAGUCAAGUUUUCAGUGAAGAAACUAAAAGCCAGUCCAUUCCUGUCAUACCCGCGUGGCAGCUCAAUGAAAGAAUGUAUGGAGAAUUGCAAGGUCUCAACAAGCAAGAAACAGCGGAAAGAUACGGGAAACAGCAAGUUCACGAAUGGCGUAGGAGUUAUGACAUUCCUCCUCCAAAAGGCGAGAGCUUGGAGAUGUGUGCUGAGAGAGCAGUGGCUUAUUUUGAAGAAAAUAUAGAACCAAAGCUUGCAGCUGGAAAGAACGUAAUGAUAGCUGCUCACGGGAACUCGCUGCGGUCUAUCAUAAUGUAUCUUGACAAAUUGACUUGCCAGGAGGUGAUAAGUCUAGAACUAUCAACCGGUAUACCUCUUCUGUACAUCUUUAAAGAAGGCAAAUUCAUGAAACGGGGAAGCCCGGUUGGUCCAACAGAAGCAGGUGUCUAUGCUUAUACCAAGAGAUUGGCUCAGUACAGACAGAAGCUGGAUGAGAACAGUGAAGUGAUUUGUUCCUGAACUAAACAAGAAAGAUUGGUUCUUGGAUUUACAUUGCAAGCAUUAGGACCGUAGAGACGCUUAUAUAAGUUAUGAUUUUGU